GAGCUGGUUCUCUGUCCGUCACCUACAUAAAUCCGUGCAGCGCACUCGCCUUUUCUCGUUUUUCUCGACAAACUAUCUUGACUACCUUCCCUACCCCCUCAUUCUCUCCUCACUAUGCAACCGAAAUUCCUCGCCCUUGUGCCCCUUGUGUCCCUCCUGGCCUCUUUCGUCGCUGCGUAUCCAUCCAUCGACGCCGCGGCAUUAAUGGAACGUGGUUACGAUGAGGGGGAAGGCUUGAUGUUCGCUCGCGAGUACGACUUUGCUGACGCCCUCGAAAUGCGGGACUUUGACGAGCUCGAAAUGCGGGCCUUUGAUGAUGAGCUUGAAACGCGUGACUUUGACGACGAGCUCGAAAUGCGCGGCUUUGAUGACGACCUCCUCGAGAUGCGAGAGUUUGACGAACUCGACGCGCGUGACUUGGAGGACCUCUUGGAGCGUGGUCUGUUCAGCAAGUCCACCCCUGAAGAGAAGAAGCAGAAAGAGGAAGAGAAGAAGAGGAAAGCAUUGAUAAAAGCCAGCAGGACCGAGCAGAAAACGAUCGACAAAGCUAAUGCGAAGUCGUCGCUCAGCAUCCAGUGUAUCAACUGUGGGAGCUGGGAAGGGAAGAUUACGGCUAGGAUCCAGAAGGCGUGGAAAAGCGACGCCAAUAUCAAGAAGUUUGAGAACUGUCAAGCGACGACGAAGGAUUAUAAUGGAGGCCAGAUGAUUACAGCUCGUUACUACAACGGCAAUAACCUCCUCACUUUUGUCGCUCAGCCACGUGCUCCUCAAUUUGGCACGUCUCUUUCUUCAUCGAUUACCAUGCGCAUCGCGACCUUCAACAUCCGCUAUGACUGCAAGCCUGACAACAUCAGUAUUCAACAGUCCCUAGAUGCUUUACUCAACACAGACCCUCUCAAAGAAGUCGCAUUCCAGAGCUUGAAGGGCGAACAACCAUGGAGCGCCCGCCGAAUCCGCGUCGCUAACCAUAUUCUCGACGAGGGGGCAAUCCUGGCUGCUUUCCAAGAGGCUUUAUUCCGCCAAGUGACCGAUGUUGCUGAGCUGCUCGGGGACGGCUGGGCAUGGGAGCGUAGUCAUUGGCAACUACUGUCUGAGCUCCAGUUGAUCGCGAAUGAUAAUUUCUGGCUCUCCACAUCUACGGGAUCAGAUUCAGGCGGGUAUAAAAUCACCACGGGCGCGUCUCCACCUCUUCCCGUCGACUCGGCGUUCGCCAAGAAAUAUAGCGUGAGGCAGGACCAGCUGCCUCACUUUCGUAUGUUGGAUUUGCGUGCGGAGACACUGCGACAGAAUGUUUCUGCCAAUUUCGCAACGUUCACGGGAUUCAGAGGGCCAAGUGAUACCUCGGACUGGUCGCGCAUUGAUUUUAUUUUUGGAGGGAGUAAUAAAGGAUGGACCUCUAAUUCUUAUGUGGUUCAAAGUCAUUCUAACGAGAAUCAAGGCGAAACUUAG